GAUGGCGAACGACGUUGUAUCUGGGCUACUCUCCAGUUUGAUGGCGUUGUUCAAGAUUAACGUCAGUUUGUAAAUACUUCAUCUUACAUUUCUUCAAAUGAGACGGGAUGUUUAUUCGCAGUUGUUCAGCGGCGGAACGCGAGGACAGUUUCAAAGAGGCGGAAGUAAAUAAACGCCUGAACUUGUGUUUCCGGUUUCAAGUAAAACUCCGCCAUUAAACUCCGAGAAAGAGAAAGUGAAACUAGUAAAACAGGAUCCAUUUUGUGACGCAGGAACUUACACUUACAGAAACUGAGAAAAAGUUUGACAGUUUUUGUUCCACUGAAUCGUCUGAAACAAUCAAUAAAUUCAUUGUGAAGUAUUUUGUAGGUGAUAUUCUAGUCAGUAAAGAGGAACAUCAACAGUUCUUGACAGGUGUUCAGUGGACUGUUCAGAUGAUGUCAUGGACUCCACAAAGGAUCUCAGUGGACAGACAGACACAGGGAAGUUCAAGAGUGUCAUUCAUGGAGAAUCUCCUGAAUCCAGCUGUGUGUCCAUGAAGAGUGACCGGUCAAUGGAUGCUCCACUUAGAUUCAGUUCAGGAGCCCCUUGUGCUGAUGUGAGUGUCAUUCAUGGAGAAUCUCCUGAACCCAGCUGUGUGUCCAUGAAGAGUGACGGGUCAAUGAGACAACCACUUCACUUCAGUUCAGGAGAGUCUUUGAUCAACUACAGAAACAAACAGGAUGAAUCAGAGUCAACUGCUGAGAAAGUGCCAUUGGACUCCAUUUUUGAGGAACUUGAGCACAAAAUCAUCUCUCUGAUGAAGAAAGAGCUGAAGAGUAUCAAGAGACUACUGAUCUCAGAUUCCCCAGCAUGCUCUGAGAGAGAGGAGGAGGAUGAUGAAGGUCAGAGCAGAGUCAGAGAGGGGUUUCUGAAGAUCACACUGCACGUCCUGAAGAAGAUGAAGCUGACAGACCUCGCUAACACACUUCAAACCAAACUGAUUUCUGUGCAUCAACAAAAACUCAAAACAAAACUAAAAGAGAAAUUCCAGAGAAUUACUGAAGGAAUGUCAAAUCAAAGCAGCUCAACACUUGUGAAUGAGAUCUACACAGAGCUGUACAUCACAGAGGGAGGGAGUGCAGAGAUCAAUAAUGAACAUGAGGUGAGACAGAUUGAGACAGCAUCCAGGAGAGCAGAGACACAGGAAACACCAAUCAAAUGCAAUGACGUCUUUAAAGCCUUACCUGGACAACACAAAGCCAUCAGAACUGUGCUGACUAAAGGAGUUGCUGGAAUUGGGAAAACUGUCUCUGUGCAGAAGUUCAUUGUGGACUGGACUGAAGGAAAAGCAAAUCAGGAUGUUCACUUCAUAUUUCCACUUCCUUUCAGAGAGCUCAAUCUGAUGAAGCACAAAAAUAUCAGUUUGAUGGAUCUUCUUCAUCAGUUUUUCACAGAUACAAAAGAACUGAAGAUCGAAACAUUCCUUGAUGACUACAAAGUCAUUUUCAUUUUUGAUGGUCUGGAUGAGUGUCGACUUCCUCUAGAUUUCCAGAACAAUGAUAUUUUGUGUGAUGUGACAGAAUCGGCCUCAGUGGAUGUGCUGCUGACCAACCUCAAAGGGAAUCUGCUUCCUUCUGCUCUGCUCUGGAUCACCUCUCGACCAGCAGCAGCCAAUCAGAUUCCUCCUGAGUGUGUUGACCAGCUCACAGAUGUUCGAGGCUUCAAUGACCCUCAGAAGGACGAGUAUUUCAGGAAGAGAAUAAAAGAUGAGCGUCUGGCCAACAGAAUCAUCACACACAUGAAAUCAUCAAGAAGCCUGUACAUCAUGUGUCACAUACCAGUCUUCUGUUGGAUUUCAGCCACUGUUCUCCAGAGACUGUUGAGUGAAGCAGAGAGUGCAGAGAUCCCCAAGACUCUCACUCAAAUGUUCACACACUUCCUGAUCUUUCAGAGCAAACUGAAGAGCCAGAAGUAUGAUGGGAAAUGUGAGGUGGAUCUUCAGCAGGCUAGAGAGAGGAUUCUGUCUCUGGGAAAACUGGCUUUUCAACAGCUGGAAAAUGGGAACCUGAUCUUCUAUGAGGAGGACCUGAGAGAGUGUGGCAUUGAUGUCAGAGAAGCGUCAGUGUACUCGGGAGUUUGUACCCAAAUCUUCAGAGAGGAGUUUGGACUGCACCUGGGGAAGGUGUUCAGCUUUGUGCAUCUGAGCAUUCAGGAGUUUCUCGCUGCUCUGUAUGCUUUUAUUUCCUUUUAUCAACAGAAAUCAGGUCUCUUCAGUAAGUUUAGGUCAUCUAUGAGUGAUUUCCUGAAGAGUGAAGUGGACAAGGCCUUACAGAGUGAGAACGGACACCUGGACCUUUUCCUUCGAUUCCUUCUGGGUCUCUCACUGAAGUCCAAUCAGACAAUCUUACAAGAUCUACUGACACAGACAGGAAGCAGCUCUGACAGCAAACAGGAAAUAGUUGAGUACAUUAAGAUGAAGAUCAGGAAGAAUCCCUCUCCAGAGAAAUCCAUCAAUCUGUUCCACUGUCUGAAUGAACUCAAUGAUCAUUCUCUAGUGCAGGAAGUACAAACAUACGUGAACAGAAGAGAUAUCAAUCGUCUCUCUGGAGUCCGUCUCUCUCCUGCUCAGUGGUCAGCUCUGGUGUUUGUGUUGCUGAACUCAGAAGAGGAGCUGGAUCAGUUUAAUCUGAGGAAAUAUGAUCCAUCACAUGAAUGUCUUCUGAGGCUGCUGCCGGUGAUCAAAGCAUCCAGAAAAGCUGAUCUGAUGGGCUGUAAUCUGACAGAGAAAAGUUGUUCAGCACUGGCCUCAGUUCUAAGCUCAAACUCCUCAAGUCUGAGAGAGCUGGACCUGAGUAACAAUGACCUGCAGGAUUCAGGAGUGAAACUGCUCUCUGAUGCACUGAAUAGUCCUCAAUGUACACUGGAAAUACUGAGAUUUGCUGCUUGUAGAUUCACUGGUCAGUGCUGUGAAAGUUUGUCUUCAGUUCUACAAUCAUCAAAAUCCCUGAGAGAGCUGGACCUGAGUAACAAUGACCUGCAGGAUUCAGGAGUGAAGCUGCUCUCUGAUGCACUGAAGAGUCCUCACUGUACACUGGAAAUACUGAGAUUUGCUGCUUGUAGAUUCACUGGUCAGUGCUGUGAAAGUUUGUCUUCAGUUCUACAAUCAUCAAAAUCCCUUAGAGAGCUGGACCUGAGUAACAAUGACCUGCAGGAUUCAGGAGUGAAGCUGCUCUCUGAUGCACUGAAUAGUUCUCAAUGUACACUGGAAAUACUGAGAUUUGCUGCUUGUAGAUUCACUGGUCAGUGCUGUGAAAGUUUGUCUUCAUUUCUACAAUCAUCAAAAUCCCUGAUAGAGCUGGAUCUGAGUAACAAUGACCUGCAGGAUUCAGGAGUGAAGCUUCUCUCUGAUGCACUGAAUAGUUCUCAAUGUACACUGGAAAUACUGAGAUUUGCUGCUUGUAGAUUCACUGGUCAGUGCUGUGAAAGUUUGUAUUCAGUUCUACAAUCAUCAAAAUCCCUGAGAGAGCUGGACCUGAGUAACAAUGACCUGCAGGAUUCAGGAGUGAAGCUGCUCUCUGAUGCACUGAAGAGUCCUCACUGUACACUGGAAAUACUGAGAUUAUCUGGCUGUAUGGUGACAGAGGAAGGCUGUUGUUCUGUGGCAUCAGCUCUGAGAUCAAAUCUCUCAUGCCUGAAAGAGCUGGAUCUGAGCUACAAUCACCCAGGAGAAUCAGGAGUCAAGCUGCUCUCUGAAAGACUCAACAAUCCAAACUGCACACUGGACAAACUUAAUGUGGAUCAUGGAGGAGAGUUCAGGAUUACAGCAGGACUACACAAAUAUGUCUGUGAUCUCACACUGGAUUCAAACACAGCACACACUGAACUCAAGCUGUCUGAGGGGAACAGGAAGGUGACACGUGUGAGAGAGCGUCAGUCAUAUCCUGAUCAUCCAGAGAGAUUUGAUGUGUAUCAUCAGGUUCUGUGUCGAGAGAGUCUGACUGGACGCUGUUACUGGGAGACUCAAUGGAGUGGACGUGCUGUUGGUAUAUCAGUGUCAUAUAAAGGAAUCAGCAGGAAAGGAGGGAGUCAUGACUGUUGGUUUGGACUCAAUGUAAACUCCUGGAGUCUGUGGUGCUCUGAUGACAGAUUCACUGUCCGUCACAAUAAUAACAGAUCUGACAUACGUUCCCCUUCACACGACUGUAAGAGAGUCGGAGUGUAUGUGGACUGUCCCGCCGGCACUCUGUCCUUCUACAGCGUCUCUGACACACACACACUCACACACUUACACACAUUCAUCACCACAUUCACUCAACCCCUCUAUGCUGGAUUCAGAGUUUAUCCUGAUUCCUCAGUGUGUGUGUGUGUGUGUGUGUGUGUGUGAAACUGAACAUCAGAGACACACACACACAA